AAUAGUUACAGAAGAAGACGAAGACCCGGAAGUAUAUUGUUCACAUCCACAACACGGGUAAAAAAAAAAAAAAAAAAACAAGGAAUUGUGUUUCGACAGGAGUUUGUCUGAAGUACAAUGACUCGCCAUGGGAAGAAUUGUACAGCUGGAGCCGUUUACACAUACCAUGAGAAAAAGAAAGAUACAGCGGCGUCUGGUUAUGGAACACAGAGCAUUCGACUGGGCAAAGACGCCAUCAAAGACUUCGACUGCUGCUGCCUGUCUCUGCAGCCUUGUCAGGACCCUGUAGUGACUCCAGAUGGAUACCUGUUUGAGAAACAGGCCAUUCUUGAAUAUAUCCUGCACCAGAAGACAGAAAUUGCCAAAAAAAUGAAGGCAUAUGAGAAGCAGAAGAAAGCCCUGAAGAGCAAUAGCCAGCUCGAGUCCAAGUCACAGGAAAGAGAAAAGAUGGAGAAGUUUAAAACCAGGGAGAACAGCAUUGUGUCCAAACCCAUCAACCCAUUCACCUCUGGGCAGACCAAAGAAAGUGAGGUGGGCAGGACAGACCGCCACUCAGCAGAGUCCUCCAGUGCUGGUUCAUCUGCAUCUUCCAGUCAAAGCCUGCCCAGUUUCUGGAUCCCCUCGCUGACACCAGAAGCUAAGCCUGCCAUGCUUAAGAAACCAAGUAAGGCUGUACUCUGUCCCAUGUCAGGAAAACCCAUUAAAAUGAAUGAACUUAUCACAGUCCGCUUCACCCCACUGGACGCAAGCCUGGACCGAGUGGCCCUGCUCACACGCCAGGACAGGUAUGUGUGUGCUGUAACCAGAGAUGUCCUGGGCAAUAGUGUUCCUUGUGCUGUAUUACGUCCAUCAGGUGCUGUUGUGACUCAGGAGUGUGUGGAGAAGUUGAUAAAGAAGGACAUGGUUGAUCCUGUGGCUGGAAGCCCCCUGUCAGACGAUGAUAUCAUAUAUCUUCAGAGGGGUGGAACUGGAUUUGCUGCGUCUGGAGUUGAUCUUCGAGCCAAAGAGACUCGUCCGGUCAUGCAAGUGUGAGAUGAUAAAGGAUGUGUCUGUGUACGUAUCAUAGUUCUGUGGUGUGAUGGACAGUCAGGCCCAAAAUAAUGUUACCAACUGAAUUUAACUAAGCAAGGGUUUCUUACGAAACCAAUCCAUUUGGACUGUGUCCUUUGAAAUAUUAGAGUUCGAACUUUUUUUUUUGGCCAGGCUUUGUAUAUUUUUUUUACUUUUUUUCCUGUGAGAGUACAGUUUCAUGUGAGAAUACAAGAUCUUACACUUUUUUUCUAGUGCGUUUUUGUUUUUCCACAUAUACCGUUUAUAUGUGUGUGCUGACAAGUUUUAUUUACCCAUGGUUUUGUAAGUAGAAUUUUCAUUACAUCAUUCAUGACAGUGCAAGAUUACAUUUUGUGUAGUGAUGUAAUAAGCAGAAUUGUGACGUCAACAGUCAUUUUGUGUUAGCCUGCUGUAAAAUAAUUGUUUGUACUCUUAUGGCACUUCAAAUAACAUAUAAUGAACCUGGUGUGAUAAGUGUACACGUAAAUCUUUAAUCUAUGCGACAUGUGGAUAAAGAAAUCAAAUUCAGUAGAAUAGUUUAAGUAUUUGGUGAUAAUUUACCACCAUGAUGACAAAAACGAAUGUGCCCAACUUCAUUUAAGUUCACCAAUAACAAUGUAAGUUGUCUGUGAUUGUCAGGGUUUAUGUUUUAAAGCACUGGUUUUAGUUACAGUCAUUUGACAUGAUGGUGAUCUCUUCACAGUAUUUUUGACAGGUGAUUCAAGCUAGUUUCAAGUUUCUGUUAUUGGAUUUCAAACAUGCACAGAUUAAAAUAAAUAAAUCCAAACAGUGACUGGAUGAUUUUAUUGGACAGUUUCACAUGCAUCUUCUGACAAACUCACAGUAAAGUAUAUUUGACAAU